AUGGAGCCCUCGGGUGACACGCCUGGUAGCGACGCGAAUCCCGAUGUUGUCUCAAAUGAAGAUUUUGAGACCCUGAAGUACCAACUGCUAGGUCCCUCUCUCACCAAGGCGGGUCAAGACUCAGUUGAUCAGCAAAAGGUGUCGGAAAUCAUUUACAAUGCCUCCAAGGGGUCUAAAUUCUUCAGCCACGAGCAGGAUCGUGAUCGGAACCUCACAUCCAAGAUUGAGCGGAUAUUGAAACAGAAAGCCCGGUUGGAGAAGUUGGAUCUCAGCCAUGAUCUGCGGCGAGCAGAUGAGUAUCUUGCCGAGCUGGAACUCAGCCGGGAUCUGUCGCAGCACAUCAUCCAUGUGGACUGCGAUGCGUUUUUUGCCGCAGUCGAGGAGCUGGACCGACCCGAGUUAAAGACCGUGCCUAUGGCAGUCGGCAAAGGUGUGCUCACUACCUGCAAUUACGUCGCAAGAAAAUUUGGCAUCCGAAGUGGGAUGGCCUCGUUCGUGGCCAAAAAGCUAUGCCCGCAGCUGGUUCUGUUAUCCGCAAACUAUGAAAAAUACACCGAUAAAGCAAAGGAAAUCCGUGCUAUCAUGGCAGAGUACGACCCUCUCUUUGAGAGUGCAAGUAUCGAUGAGGCCUAUCUGAACAUUACUGCAUACUGCGAUGAAAAUCAACUCGAACCCGACGAGGCUGUCCAACGUAUGCGAGCGGAGAUCUUAGAAACCACUCAGGUUUCUGUUUCCGCCGGAAUCGCUGCCAAUGCCAAGAUCGCAAAGAUUUGUUCAAACACCAACAAGCCAAAUGGGCAGUUCCGGGUCCCAAACGAGCGUCUUGCGAUCAUGGAAUUUAUGCGUGAACUACCAGUACGCAAAGUCAAUGGUGUUGGUCGAGUUUUUGAACGCGAACUCGAAUCAAUAGGCGUGAAGAAAUGUGGCGACAUCUUCCCCCAACGAGCACUUUUGACAAAGCUCUUUGGUGAGAAGGCUUUCCAAUUUUUAGCUCAAUGUUACCUCGGUUUAGGACGCACAAAGAUUGAGCCGGUCGAAAAUCACGAACGCAAAAGUGUGAGCACUGAGACCACCUUCCAUGAACUCGGAGACAAGGAGGAACUUCGCGCAAAGUUAUGGUGGGCUGCCCAAGAGCUUGAAAAGGAUCUCGCCCGAACUCAGUUCAAGGGCCGCACGCUUGCUCUCAAAGUCAAGCUUCACACUUUCGAAGUGCUAACUCGUCAGACGGCCCCAUCUCGUACCGUUUCACGAGCCAAGGAUUUGUACUCUUUUGCGCUUCCUAUGUUGACGAAACUGGAGAAAGACAUCCCGGGCAUGAAACUACGUCUUCUCGGUUUACGGUGCUCAAACCUGGUCAGCACCCAAAAGGCUGGAAUCAACUUCUUUGGUCCGGUCGCUCAACCCAGGCCUGGCUCCAAGUGUGUUAACGAGCCAACUGUCAGCAUCGACGCAAACCAUGAGAUUGAUGCCGAGGAGGCAUUCGAAACAGCCGCUCGUCAAGAGGUACAAGACGAAAUGAAUGAUUUGGAGCAAUUGAGCCAAGAUGCCCCUCAUGUGUCUUCUUCUUGUCAACCCGCGGACCCCGAGGAGCCCGAGGCCGCUGAAGAGCCCAAUUUAUGGGAAUGUCCAAUCUGUGGCCGGCCUCAGAUUGCGGAUGAUAGGACUUUCAAUGCGCAUGUUGAUUUUUGCCUCUCCAAGCAAACCAUCCGCGAAGUGGUGCAAGAUGCGGAGGACACAGAGACCAUCCCAAUGCCAACCGCUAUCAAAAAACGAAAAUUGCCACUUCCAUCAGGUGUAUCCGAAUCCGACCCCAAGCAAAAGCGGCUGUUUUUCCAAUGA